AUUUAUUUACACAACAAAAAAAAAAAAUAAAACAAAUAAGAAGUGCUUCUAUAUCCGCAUGUACAUAUGUAUGUAUAAUAAACAAAUCAAAUUAGUAGACAUGAUACAAAACUAUUUGUCAGCAAUGUCAUCAUGCUAAAAGUAUAUUAAGAUUUUCGUAUUAAAAUUAGAUAUUUUUCCGAGGGCGCGAAGAACUCGAAAGUGCCAUUUCUUUCACAUUUUCUCAUUAAUAUUAGUAUGAUAAAGUAGUUAUUAGCUGUAGAGCUUUUAGCUUCCAAUAAUUUAUCAAAAUUUAUUCUAUAUCCUCGCCACAUUCCCACACAUAAUAUACCCUUCAACACGUUGUAAUUACACAUCAAUGUAAAUUUUAUUACAUACCAGAUAUAUAACCUACACAAAUUAGGUAAUUUGUCAGAACCGCCGAAAUCGGACACUAUAGCAUAUAGCUGCAAUGCAAACUGAAGGAUCAAAAUUGUGUCUUUUUUAUUUGACAUCUUGUCAUCAUGAAAUUUGGCAAGGAUUAUUGUUUAAGCCUACGUUACAAUCUUCGAAAAAAUUGUUCAGAUCGGACCACUAAAGCAUUUAUACUUGUAUGCCAUACAAACGAACCGAUCAAAAUCAAGUUCUUGUAUGGAAUCGGUUGUAUUUGUGAAGGGGAUUUUAGCUUCGGUGAACCGAAGUUAACAUUUUUUCUUGUUUUUAUUUUCGAAUACACAUUGUCCUGAAGGCUGAAUUCCAAGGGUAUUAAUAUCUUUAAAUUCACUUUAGCUCACUAUACUAUUAGUCAAUCGUUAUGCUCUACCCAUAUAAAUUCUAUAUGAAUACGUAAAGAUGUAUGUACGUCCACCUUUUUUCAGUUUAUUCGUUUCGGAUAAAUAAAGCUAACUUCUGCAGUUUUUUAUACGCUGAAGAGGGUAUAUUAUAUUUUCCAUAUAUAGCGUGACGAACUGAUUCGAUGUAGCCAUGACCAUUUGUCUGCCCCUUUGCAUAUACGCGAACUAGUCCCUCAGUUUUUGAGAUGUUGAUUUGAAAUUUCGCACACGAUUUUGCAUAAGCCGAUCAAAAUCAAGUUUUUGACUUUUUUCGGGGUAACUAAACCUUUUUUUUUUGUUGAAAGAUUGACAUAUCUGUAUACACAUUUAUACCUAAACUAUUAACAUUUUAGUUAGCUCAUGAAUUAUCGUUCGCACCACCAAAAAAAAUUAUUGUUAUUAAAUUAACAAAGCUAACUGGGUCGGCGUCACAGAAUUUACCGAGAGCUCCUUCACAGCACUACCCAUUCCUACGGACGUCAUCGUUGUUACUGUUUAGUUUCUACAUUUCGAAACUCCCUCAACCACCAGGGAAUUUUCAUCACCUCGUACGCUGAUGGUUGCACGACAUUGACGUCGGGCCAUGGAUUCGAUGGCAUGUGUUCAAAAGUAACCGGCUAUCUCUUCGAUCUUUCUCGCUAUUCCCCGCAAGGAGCUUAAAACUUUUCGCGGAAACCAUCCCUGCAGUCGUUUGCAACAUCAAGAGGUCAUUCCUUGACUACGUCGAUGACAUCGAAAAGUACGCCGACCAGACUUCGGACACAACAAACUUCAUACAUGCACUGACAGCCGUUCACAGUGGAUCCAUUAACACCUUUAUCGACUCUCUCUCAGUGAGUGGCGUACUUGUAGUCAAACCACCAGCUCGAGUGCCACGAGAAUCUAGAGUGACCCUUGCUCAACUUCGUUCUGGGUAUACGCUACAACACCAACAAUCCAGGGUCAUAACAGCUGCAGCAAAUCAACCAGUUAUAUAUUGCCCAUCAGGAUAUUAGCCGAAUAUCGAUGUGCUUCUUCGAUGUGAAAGCCUUUUGAUGUCCUCUAGCGACCAAAUCACCGGGGCCAGCCAUCUCCUUUUUUUUUGAGACGCUCACCAAGUGUACAGUGGCUCGAAGCUAUUUUAAUUUUAAAAACUAAGAAUAAAAAGAACAAAACAGGAAGAAGAAAAUAAAAAAAUCUAAAUCAAAAAUUGAAAAUUUAAUUUUUCAUUGCAAAAUAAGAAUUAAAAAUUGAAAAUUUAAGUCUUGAUCCCAAAAUCAGAAUUCAAAAUUGAUAAAAUAGAAAUCGUUUGAACGUGUACGAGUGACGACCACUGCUCUAGAGAAUUAAAUAUGAUAACUCUGUACGAGAUGUAGCUCAAAAUGUUAGAACUCGAAAUUCGUUAAGUUCUUCUUCACCAAACGAAAUGCGAAAGAAUACAACUUAAAUGAACAGUAUGAAUGAAAAAAGUAAUAUCAAUCCAGAUAUGGACAAAUCGACAUCUCCUACAAAUGUAUAUCCAACACAGCCUUUAAACCAUGUUACAUCGAAACUUCAGUGUCUUGAAAUGCGAUCCAUGUAUCCAAAUGUGCCGUAUGUAAAUCCAUACUGUAGUCCUCAAACUAAUCGGCGAAGACCUCCGUUAAAAGAAUCUCGUCGCGUUUCAACGGAGCAAUCUGGCAGUUUUUUACAAUUAAAUCAAUAUAAGCUUAUGGACCAAAUUGGCCAGGGCUCAUAUGGGCUAGUUAAACUAGCUUACUCAGAAGAGGACUCAACUCAUUACGCAAUGAAAAUUCUUUCGAAACGUCGAUUGAUAAGACAAGCAGGAUUGACUAAGCGUGGCCUAAUUAAACCAAUUUCACCAUUAGAGAGAGUUUAUCGAGAAAUUGCCGUGUUAAAGAAAUUAGAUCAUCCAAACGUUGUAAAGUUGUUCGAAGUGUUAGAUGAUCCGAUGGAAGACUCGUUAUAUAUGGUUUUUGAACUAGUAAAACAGGGAUGUGUUUUGACCAUCCCAACAGAUUCACCGUUAGCUGAAGAUAAAGCUUGGAUUAUUUUUCGGGAAACUCUACUUGGUUUGGAAUAUUUACACUAUCAACACAUUAUCCAUGGUGAUUUGAAACCGGAAAAUUUGUUGCUCACUGAAUGCGGGCACAUUAAAAUUGCCGAUUUAGGGGUGUGUAACGAAUUUUUCGGUGAAGAUGCAAUGAUAAGUAGUGGGAGUACGGCAGGCACUCCAGCAUUUAGAGCACCAGAAUCACUAAGACUCGGACGGCAUUUCUUUUGUGGGAAAGCUGCCGACAUUUGGUCUUUGGGUGUAACUCUUUACGCUCUGGUUUAUGGAAACGUACCAUUUAUUGCAAAUUCUAUUCCAAUUUUAUAUGAAAAAAUUAAAUUGGACCCUCUUGUACUUUUAGAAGAGCCAAAAAUUAGUGAACAACUUCAGGACUGCAUUCGAAGAAUGUUAAUAAAAAAUCCUGAUUCCAGAAUUUCUUUACAGCAACUUAAAGAACAUACUUGGAUAACUAAAGAAGGUUUGCACCCAUUAGCAAAUGAGGGUGAGAACUGUGACUUGGUUAAGGUUAGUGAAGAAGACAUCAGUACAGUUGUGCAGAGUAUUCCAAAACUAGACACACUGAUUUUAAUUAAAACGAUGCUGAAAAAUCACUCCUUUGGAAACCCAUAUGGUAGCGAAAUUUUGCAUAAAUCACAUCCACGUGAUAUAACUCGUUAUGAACAAUUUGUUCGGGCUGGCCGCUCUAAUUCUGCUCCUGGGUCAUACACACAGCAGACAUUUAUUAGUAAGACAGUCAGUGGUACGUCAUGGAACAAUACAGUUAUAUACUUCUCCAAGUUCUAUUGCCUCAGCUACAACUUCAUCAUUCUCAAAAAUUAUGUGGGAUAAUAUAUGGACAACAAGAAUGGGUAGAACAUUCCGAUGUUUCGUCAAGAUGACAUGGAUGAUAAUGGAAAGCUACGAUCACUUACAGAACCAGAAAGGGGAAAUCAUAUACAUUAAUGACAACAUUAAUUAUUGCAUAUGCACAUAUAAGAAUUAUUAUGUACACAUUUUGAAUUUCUUGAUCCGAACUUAAACACAUUAACAAUGCAAACGUCAGAAAGUAGCUUAUUGUGAUUUUUUACAAUAAAUUAUUAUUAUACAAUAACGAUAGCAAAAAACAAA